AUGAAUCUGCCUCCUGGUUAUGAGCAGCAGGGGGAGAAAGGAAAGCGAAUGAGAAAUGGCUGCUCAUACACUGCCAUACUCGUGUAUAUGGAUGACAUAAUAAUUGACGGCAGUGACAUUGUUUAUACAAAUCAUCUUAAGCAGGUCCUUGAUGCACAAUUCAAACUCAAAGAUUUGGGGACUUCAAAAUUCUUCCUUGGACUUGAGAUUGCUAGAAGCUCAUAUGGAAUAUCCAUUUGUCAACGGAAGUAUGCAUUGGAAGUCUUAGAAGAUGCAGGAUACCUCGGUUCGAAACCAACAAGAUGCCCAAUGAUGCAAAACUUGAAGUUGAGUCAGUUUGAAGGGGAAUCGAUUGAAGAUCCUGCUGUUUAUAGAAGAUUGAUAGGACGACUGUUAUAUCUCACCAUAACAAGAUCGGAUUUGAAUUAUUCUGUGCAAGUAUUGAGCCAAUUUCUAGAUUCACCUAAACAGCCACACUUAGAAGCUGCUUAUCCUGUAUUGAGAUAUUUAAAAGCCACACCGGGACAGUGGCUGUUCUUCCCAUCAAAGUCUGAACUCUAUUUAAAGGCAUUCUGUGAUGCAGAUUGGGCAGCCUGCUCGGAUACACGUAGGUCUGUCAUAGGCUUCUGUGUCUUUCUUGGUGAAUUGCUCAUCUCAUGGAGAUCAAAGAAGCAACGCAUAGUUUCAAGAUCUCCAGCUGAAGCAGAGUAUCGCUCCAUGGCAUCUACCUGCUAUGAAAUUACAUGA